CCUUUAAACGCCCCUACCAUCUGGAGUUUACCUCGUAUAGUAGUAGUACUAUCCUUCACCGACGUGCCAGAACUAGGUGCUGCGCACAUGGCCAGCAUCCAAUUCUGCAUUGUUGAAGAUGUCGAAAAUGUAUUGGAUGGCUUGUCACAUCGGUGAGUCUACUUCGCAUUGAAAAAAUGCCCAAAGGAAGAUGAAAAUGAUCUGCCUGCCAAUUUUUCUCUUCUUCUUCCCGAAAGUGUUGGUCAUAACGCAACGUGCCGACUGCCGCGUUCCAAAACAAGACGAGUCCAACUGCGAUCUGACCAACCAUCAUCCCGCCUCGUGCUCUCGCCACCGCUCGCUCGUAUCCUACCUACGAGUCCAUCCCCGCGCCACGUCCGUCAGCGCGGUAGGUUACGUGAUGCCGCCGGCCGAGCGCCCCGCCGUCGCCGUCGAGGUCGUCUCCCGGGCGCUCGUCCAGGCCUCCGACCCGCCGCGGGGAAUCCCGGCGGUGCUCCCGGUCUCCAACCUCGACCUCAUCCUCGGCUCCUUCCACGUCUUCUUCAUCGCCGUCUACCCGCCCCCCGCCGCGGGGUUCCCGGCCGUGGCCGCGGCCGCGCGCGCCGCGCUCCCGGCCUUCCUCUCCCGCUUCUACCCCUUCGCCGGCCGCGUCGUGACCAACGCGUCCACCGGCGUGCCGGAGGUCGUGUGCGGCAACGCGGGGGCCGAGCUCGUGGUGGCGCGCGCCGGCGCGGAGCUCGCCGACGUGGACUUCGCCGACGCUGACGCCUCGCUCGGGCGCAUCCAGGUGCCGUUCGAGCGUGGGCUCGCGCUGUCGCUGCAGCUCGUCCGGUUCGCGUGCGGCGGGUUCUCGCUCACCUGGGGCACCGACCACCUGCUCGUCGACGGCCACGGCCUCACUACUCUGCCCAAUGCCUGGGCCGAGAUGCUCGUCGGGGGCGGCCUCUCGUGGGAGCCCCACCACGACCGCGCCUCCCUCUUCCGGCCACGCUCGCCGCCGCGGUACAGCCCGUCGCUCGACGCCGAGUUCGUGCGCUACGACCCGGCCAACCUCCCAAACGCCCUCCUCGCAGCCGCCCUCGUGCGCCGGAACUACGUCGUGGAUGCCGCAGACGUCGACCGCCUCCGCGCGGCGGCCAGCGGCCCCGAACGCCGCGCCACGCGGCUCGAGGCCCUCUCCGCACACGUCUGGAAGCUCCUCGCCGCGGCCGUGGGCGGCUCCGACACGCGCUGCCGCAUGGCGUGGCUAGUCGACGGCCGCCGGCGCCUCGACCCGGCCAAGUACAACAAGACACACGUCAACAACUACCUCGGCAACGUCGUCACCUACGCGUCGCGGGAGGCGGCCGUGCACACGGUGCGGACCGCCCCGCUCGCCGACGUGGCGACGAUGGCCGCGGCGGCCAUCGCGGAGGUGUUCCGGCAGGAGCGGUACGAGGAGCUGGUGGACUGGAUGGAGGCGCGCAAGGGGGUGUUCGCGGAGGGCGGCAAGUGGACGGAGGCGGUGGGGCUGGGCACGGGGAGCCCGGCGCUGGUGGUGUCGGCGUUCGUGCCGUUCAGGGUGGAGGGGGACUUCGGGUUCGGCCGGCCGCGGCUGGUGAUGCCGUGGGUGCGGCCGGGCCGGCUCGGGUCGGCGGCCAUGACGGUGAUCCGGAGCCCCGCGGGGGACGGGUCCUGGCUGGUCACCGCCAGGAUGUGGCCGCGGCUCGCCGACGCGGUGGACGCCGACCCGGAUGCCGUGUUCAAGCCGGCGACCGCCGAGCGGCUCGGGUUUGCGGCGCCCCGGUGCUGUGAGCUGGGGGCCACCGGCACGGCGCAGCACGCCGUGAGCCGCAUGUGAGCUGCGUUGCCUGCGUGGACGGCUGCUGUUAAAAUCGUUGUCCUACCCCCUCUCUCUCUCUCUUUUAAAGAAUGUACUAGCCUCUCUCAGUACUAGAAUAGGAUUUUUUGGAUACAUUUUUCAUUUUUUCAAUAAAAGAAACGAAUUUGCUUA